GUGGGACAGAGAGAGUGAACUUCUUCCAGUGCUGUAGUAACCUGGAACCUUGUUUCUCAAAGGUGUUGUGCGAGAGCAAGCGAGCACAGUUAACGCGAUGAAACUCGCGGCCGUCGCUUUGGUAUUUUUCAUCAACUUUCUGUGGACGGCAAAAUGCGCUCCACCGACCUGCUAUUCCAGAGUGUUGGGUUUAAGCAAGGAGAUUAUGGACAUGCUGGACAAGCUCCAAAAACAUCCUCGCACGAAAACCUGUGUGGAGGUGUUGCCCAAAAUGUAUCUGGAUGUGCAUAAUUCCUGCGUGAUGCCCAAGCUACGCGACUUCCUGUAUGUGGUGGAGAACCUUCCCACUCAGUACUGCCGAGAACGUCCCAGAAUUACUUUGCUGAAGCGCAAAGUCAGGAACCUGUACAUUAUCAUCAACAGAGUCUGCUACCGAGACCUGGUGUUCUUCACAGAUGAUUGUGAGGCCCUGGAGACCGGUCAGAGCUCACCAAGGUAUGGGGAAGACAGACUCCAGCUCCUUGAGGAAAGAUGAAAUGAAUAAGAAGGAGUACCUUUGGAGAAACACACACUUGCACAAGCACAAGGGGUGUGUACUUGUACACUCCCCACACACACAUACAGACACAUGCAAAAACAUGCACACAAAUAUGUCCCACUAAAUGUUCCGCUAUUCAACUUAGACAGAGCUCACAGGUUAAUUUGCCAAGAAUAUUUGUAGAAGUUCAGGUUAAAUGAUUUCUGAGAAGGCAUGUGUGGUUACAUACCACCAGCCAGUGAAAAACUUUCCACAGGAAAUUUGCUGAAUGCCAGCCAUUCCACAGAAAACCUAAAAUAAUAACUGAAAUACCUUAGCAUGUUUCCCUCACAGCAGUGUAUUUACCACACAGAGCCAGCAAGAUGCCUACCUUUCAAAAGACACCUUGUGUCUCUGCGCAUACAAAUACAGUACUGUUUCAAAUCUCAUACUCCUUUGUGCAUUUCUCAAUAGCACUGACUCAGUAUAUAUAUAUACUUAUUUCCUCAAUAUUGCUUUUCAGU